AACUGUCGGAUUCCAAUUUUAAGAUUCAUAUCUCCUCUUUCACUUAACGAUUCUUUGAAACCAUCUGUUUUCUCUUGUAACCUGCUUUGACCACAGGUUAAUUCGAUUUGUUAUGGUUUAAUGCGUUAAGUAGGCUGUGAAAGUGCUUUUCCCCUUUCCCCCUCAUCUUUGAACAAUUGAACCACUUUCCUGUUGCAUUCCCUGAUAUUCUUACAGGAUGAAUUCAUACAAUUAACUCACGCAUUUCCUUAAUUAUUCAACAAGAGUGAGUGCCGAUAGUGCUGUGUAUUUUCCAUCUUCACCUCAAUUUUUCUUAGUUCCAUUUUAGACUUGAAUCCUAUACCCAGUGAAUGAGCAUGACAGCUAGUUCUCCCAGUGAUCCUUUUCCUAACGAAAACUUUGCUCCCUCCCAUGAGACCAUCAAUUACUCCCGUCUUGACCAAAGUGGUUUGAUGUCCGGAUCAACUUCAAUCUAUGGUCGAUUUCGGUCGUGGCUAUUGCAAGAAGAGGCCAGCGACAUUGUCAUUUGUUCACUGCAGAAUUGUUCUAAUGAAUUCGCUUUGAAGAAGGUGGAGAAUGUCCGCAUGCUCGAUCGAUAUCAUCCUAGCGAACCUGCUGUUGGAACCUUAUAUCUAACACCGACUCAUUUAAUUUUUGUGGAUCCAGAUAAAAAGAAGGAGACUUGGAUCCUUUACACACACAUAGCAAGCAUAGAAAAGUUGCCCUUGUCCACUGCUGGUUCCUCUUUGAGGAUAAGAUGCAAAACCUUCCUCCUAGUCACUUUUGUCAUUCCGAGAGAAUCAGAUUGUCAUGAAAUGUUUGUGUCUCUGCAGAAACUUUCGCAGCCAGCUAGGUUAGAAGAUUUGUACUGUUUUCGUUAUACUUCAAGUUCAGAGGACAUCCCAAAGCAAGCUGGUUGGAGCUUCUUUGAUUUGCAAGCUGAAUAUCAGCGCAUGAAAGUUCCAAAUGAUGAGUGGUCUUUGACCCUUCUAAAUCAGGAUUAUGAGUUGUGUGAUACGUACCCAAAGUACCUGUACGUUCCAUCCUCAGCCUCAACUAAUAUUUUAGUUGGAAGCUCUAAAUUCAGAAGUAAAGGACGACUUCCUGUUCUCUGUUAUCUCCAUAGCAAUAAGGCAUCCAUCUCUCGGUGCAGUCAGCCACUAUCAGGGUUCAGUGCCCGGUGUUUAGAAGACGAAAAAAUGUUGAACUGUAUCCUGAAAACGAAUCCCAAUUUUAGCAGUAUGUAUGUUGCUGACACCAGACCAAUGAUCAACGCAAUGGCAAAUCGAGCAACAGGGAAAGGGUAUGAAAAUGAAAAUUUUUAUGAAAAUAUCAAGUUUCAGUUCUUUGGAGUGGAAAACAUUCAUAUCAUGAGGAGCAGCCUUGGCAAACUGAUUGAAACAUGCGAACAGCAAACCACCACAUCCACCAUGAACAACUUUCUAAGUGGUCUUGAGUCCAGUGGCUGGUUGCGGCAUGUCAAAGCCAUUUUUGAUGCGGCAUUUUUUAUCGCACAAGCUGUAUCAACAGGUGUGAGUGUUGUUGUCCACUGCUCCGAUGGCUGGGAUCGAACUGCACAAGUGUGCUCUCUAUCCUCACUUCUCUUGGACCCAUACUAUAGAACAAUCCAAGGAUACCAGGCCUUGAUAGAAAAAGAUUGGCUGGCAUUUGGGCAUAAGUUCAGUGAUCGAUACGGGCACAUCGCAGGCGAUCCGAAAGAAGUCUCACCAGUUUUCACUCAGUUCAUUGAGGCUACAUGGCAUCUUGCAGAACAGUAUCCAAGAGCAUUCCAAUUUAAUGAAAAUUUUCUAUUGACCCUCCAUGAUCAUCUGUCCUCAUGUCAGUUUGGAACAUUCAUCGGCAAUUGCGAGAAAGAUCGCAUUGAUUUGAGAUUAAAUGAGAGAACCUUCUCACUGUGGGGAUUUAUGGCCAAUCAUAUGUCGGAGUACAUGAAUCCCCUGUAUGCGCCCGAACAGCAUUCAGAUUUACUGAAGCCAAACUUAGCUCCUCAGAAUUUUAAGUUCUGGAGGGGCAUGUACUGUAGAUUUGAAAGUGGAGUUCAUCCUAGGGAAAAUGUUAGUGAAUACAUUACUGCUACAAAUGAUCAUAGCAAUUCUUUGGAGGAUCAUGUCCGAUUUUUGCACAGGAAAAUAUCCCUCAUCAAAAGUAAACUAUCAGAAUGUGGAGGCAAAGUGAAGUCUUCAUUAUUGAAAGAUAGUAGUCCAUCUAUUGAAAAUAAAUUUUUUUAUAAUAAGGUCUCAGUAUUAUCGAAUUUAAACUCAUUCGAUGAUCCACUAGGUGCUAUUGAAUUCCGUAAAACCGAAUCGGAGUCUUCAGAAAGUCAGAAUUUAGAAGAGAAGAUCACACAGAUCACAUCAGAUUUAGAGUCCGUAGCUUUGGAUUGGAAAACGUUGCGAUCAGUCCAAGAGUGCAGUUGCUCUGCACCUUUUGACCAUUUUACCAAAAAAGUAAAAUCACUGUUGGAAAUGCGGAAAUGUAUUCUGCACAAGGUGUAUAGACAAGCACACAGCAUUACCUGGCCACCUUAGUCAAAACACUGUGCCAGUCUGUCGUCCAUGCUACAAGCUAAUCAAUCAAUCACCGCCCGCUGAAUCACCUCAGUGAAUUGAUGACAUAAUUGUAUCGCUUCCCAGCGAUACGAAUAUUCCCAGGUAAAUUUUUGCAUAUCACACAAUGAUAAUGAGUGGUGCCAUGUUACAGUCUUCAUCUAACGCUGGAAGUUUUUUAGCCUCUUAAUUUAUCAAUUGUCACUCACCUAGCAUCAACGAGGCUCGUUUUUCAUGAUUUAUUUCCAUUUAAUCUGUGAAUUUUCAGUGAUACUCCAAAAAUGAUUGCAAUUGAAAGCCUUAUUUAUUUUCCGUUGUUCAACACGUUGACUGUCACCGUAUUUUCAUAUAUCUGUUCCUUCCACACCAGGAAAUUAUGGCAAGGAAAAAGUAGGGCCAAGCCAAAUGACCUUGAUGCAACCAAUCACGGGUAAUCACUCUCAGCAGUUGCAGAAUAUCCCUCUCCCACUGUAAACUGGCUCUUUCGCUUUUAGAGGUUUCCCUUAUCAGAAACUGGGAAAUCAAGUUUUAGCCUUCAUUAUCGAACUUCCAAAGCUAGUUUUUGGUCUUUAACAUCAUAGAUGAAUGCUACUAGAACUUGUGAGACUUAGAAUUCAAUUUAUUUGUUGUGUCAUUUAAAUAUCCACUCAUUCCGGACCUAGAUUUUAGCUGCAUAAUAUGAUGGGUUUCUUCGGAAGCAACGCUGAAGAUUCACUUGAAAGCUGAAAUUUUGACCCCAAACUAUUCCUUGGAAUAUCCUCAAAAUUCACUGAGUUCUAUCAUGAAAAUUGGAAGUUUAGAUGUUCAAAAUAACAUUCAACAGAUAAGUGUUCGAACGAGAGUAGUUCCUAAGUUAUCCCAUCUAUUCCAGUCAAAUUUUCUGCAAAUUUUCUUUCACUUAGUCUGAAUGCUUGAAUUUUUAAAACAUUUUUUGUGACUGUCAGAAAAUACAAAUUUAAUGCUUUUGAAGUACCAAAAAUUCAACUCUGUCUAGAGAUAUAUGUAUAUUUCCUAUUUAGAAGUUAUUUUUUUAUGUUUAUCAUUAUUCUUGCCUGUGAUAAAAGUUCAAAAUCCUAUCACCCAUUUCUUUUACAUACCACGAUAAUUAUUCUUGUAAAUUUUUCUUUUAUCUUGUUCUGUUUAUUUUAUUGAGUACAGUGUUGAAUUUUUUUUCAACAAAAACAUGCGCUCGUUUUAAUAAUGAUUGUUUUGCUGUUAAAGGAAUUAAAAACUAUCAUGAA